AUGGCCGACAGCGGCAACUCGGUCGGCGAGAUCAUCGGCCACACCAAGUCCAUCAACGCCGUGAGCAUCACGCCGAAGCGUCCCCUGCGUGCAGUCACCGUCGGCGACGACCGCAACGUCAACUUCUACCACGGCGUUCCCUUUGAGUUCAAGAACGCCACGACCCUGCACAGCGGCUUCGUCCUGAGUGCCGUCUACUCGCCCGACGGCUCGACGUUCGUCACGGUCGGACAAGAUAAGCGAAUACAGCUGUACGAUGGUGUCACGGGCGAGCCGCUCCGACAGAUUGGUGAGGGCGAGCACACGGGCAGCAUCUUUGGCGUCUCAUGGACCCAAGACGGCAAGAAGUUUGCGACUGCCAGUGCGGAUCAGACGAUCAAGCUGUGGGAUGUUGAGUCAGGCAGCGUCAUU